AAGUAGGCUUGCUAAAAGAAGAAGAACCGAGAAGUCUCACGUCAAAGAUGAUUGGUUUUAUAACGAAGAGUUUCGCCAUCUCCUCCUCAAUAAAUCCCCACCACCUCUCCCCUCACAACCCAUCAAUCAAACCUUUCUUCUCAAAAUUUAAACUUUCUUCCCCAAACCCCAAAUCCAAUCCGACAUUCCUCACUGAACACAGAAAGAACAGAGUUUCCACCAUCAUGUCCAUUACUUCAAGAGAUCACGCAGCUGAUAGCUACGAAAUACCUCAGAUUAUGAAGCCAAGAAGCGUAGUUAAAAAGGUUUUGGCCAGAGAGCAGCCGGAGGGAGAAGGAGCUACAGUGAGGAGAAGUAUCGGAAGGCCGGAGCAUCAAAGUCUGGAUCCUUUUCUAAUGCUGGAUUAUGCAACAGUUGCUCAUCCUGCUCGUUUUCCUUUUCAUCCUCAUAGAGGAAUCGAAACUGUGACGUAUGGGUUGGAGGGAGAAAUCAGCCAUGAAGAUUUCGACGGCCGCAAGGGAGUAAUCAGGCCCGGCGAUGUACAGUGGAUGACUGCGGGAAGAGGAAUCGUUCACGCCGGAAAGCCCAUCGGCGACACAGCUAACAAGAAUUUCCAGCUCUGGAUCAAUCUCUCCUCCAAAGACAAAAUGGUUGAGCCAAGCUAUCAAGAACUUCAAAGCGAGAACAUAAAAAGAGUCCAAAUCAAUGGCGUCGACGUCCGCAUAAUAGCAGGGGAAGCAUUCGGCGUGCGCUCUCCUAUCCACACCCGAACUCCGACCAUGUACCUCGACAUUACCAUGAAUCCCGGAGCUCUGCUCCACAAACCCAUCCCUGAAGACUGGAACGCUUUCUUCUACGUCGUGGACGGCGAGGGAGUGUUCGGCGACGAGGGCUCCUCCCCUGUUUCCGGCCACCAUAAUCUGGUUCUGAGCAAAGGGGAUGGUGUGAGGGUGUGGAACAGAUCGGAGGGGAAGCUGAGGUUUCUGCUGAUUGCGGGGCAGCCGUUGGAUGAGCCGGUGGUUAAGUAUGGGCCGUUCGUGAUGAACACGCGUGAAGAGAUAGAGCAGGCGUUUGUGGAUUAUCAGCUCUGUAAGAAUGGGUUUGAGAAGGCGAAGCAGUUGAAGUUUCAGGAUUAGAAGGAAGAUGCUGGAUGAGUGUGAGGAAA